AUGUUUGGAGUGAAAAGUGUUAGCAAAAAAAAAAUGAAUUAGUCUAUUAAGCAAAACUCUGUAGCUUUAGCUAUUAUGGUAGCCUUUUUGAUAGGAAUUUAUCUAUUUUACUUAGCUUUUAUAUAUCAAGAUAACACCACUGGUAAGUUUAAUCCAUAGUAAAAUCCAUAUCACUCAAAAAUGAGAUUCAAAGAUGAAUAACAAAAGCAAAUUUACCUAAAUUAGUGGUUCCCUACUUAAUCAGAGUAAUUGCUCUUUUAAGUUAUUGAUGGAUUCUAUUUCCCAUGGGCGAUUGAUAAAACAAAGCAAUAGGAAAUGAAAAAUUCAAAAGAUGAAACAAGUAACAGCACAUAUUUUACAGAUGUGAUCUUUAAAGAACCUAUAAAUCGUCUUAUCGCAGAGCCAAAAAAUACAAUAUUGAUGGAGGCUUAUGCUGACGGUCCAACAUUAUCUGCUGUUAGAAUCAAAUCAAUAUUGAGAGGAAACAUGCCAUUGCAUAUAGAAGUAAUGAACAACUUAAGAGGGAUAGUAAUGCCAGAUGACAAUAUCGUUUAUUAAUCUAAAGUUAAUGGAUAAGGAAAAAAAGUACACUUUUUUGGAUUCAUGUAUUGGGAUUAGUUUGUUGGUAAGCACUUUGACAAAAAAUUUAUCACUGAUUAAGAACCUUUUACUAAAUCAAUGGAAGAUGAUAAAAAAAUAUUUAAUCUUAUUGUCGAAGAAUAAGGCAAUAAAGAUUGGAGUACAAUUUUUUCUCAUUACGAAGCUCUGGAUAUGGUUGUCCAUGCUUACGCUUCUGUAGGUAUAAAUACUUAUUCAACAGUUAAUUUUCAUGAUAAUUAGUUGAGAGAUCUAAUUGAUAGUACUAAAAGGUUAGAUAUCGAGGCUGAGACUAUUAUCUACCUUUCAGAUCAUGGAUAAAAUGAAAGACACUUUGCACAGCACGGAGGCUACACUGAUUUGGAGAAAUAAGUCAUAUUAUUUGGAUAUGAUAGGAGAGGUUUUAUUUAAAAGGAAGAUAGAGAUAUUGGUUAGAUAAUGGAUAGAAAAUACUUACUUUCUCCUAUAGUAAACUAGAUAGAUAUCACUGCUACAUACUGCAUGCUGAAAGGAAUUCCUCUUCCUUCAGUGAAUAUUGGAAUUAUCAUUCCUGAUUUCUUUAUAAAUAGGCCUGAUGUAGAUAAUACAGUAAUUGUGAAUAAUUACUUUGUAAAUGUAUAGCAAAUAUAUACUUAUAUAAGUAUAAUUAAAAAUGAAAAGUAAAGAACAAUACUAAGCUUUGGAGAAAUUUAAACAAAGUAUAGCAGAAUCAUGAAUCAGUAUAAUAAUUUAUUUGAUUAAUAUGAGUAAAGUGGAAUUAUGACAGAUGAAGAUGUCAAAGAAUAUGUUGGUAAUUGUAUAGAUUAUGCAAGGUUCAUUAAAAAAGUUUUCUUAGAUGAAAUAUCAGGCCCAAACCUCUUAUUCACAAAAGCGACUGUAAUCUAUUUCUUUUUAGCUGCAUUAAGUUCGUACAUUCUAAUUUAAAUUCUUUCAAGCAAACAAUAUAACUUACAAAAAGAGAAUAUUGAAAAUUUAAAUUAAAAAGAAUCACCUAAAUAACCUUCUAAAAAAGUUUAUUACAAAAUUGGUAUGAUAUCGUUUGUUUGUAUUUUUGGAUUUCUAAGUAUAUUCUCAAGCACCCUAACUUCGUUCUCAAUAUUUUAUGCUUUUGGUCUCUUGAUUUUAUUUUAUUUUAUUAAAAUCCAGUCUCAAAAGAUAAAUUGUAAAAGCUUGAUUAUACCUUACAAGAUAUCUAACUCAUACCUUUAUGGACUUAUUGAUACAUUCUUAAUAAUAUCAGGAAUUGUAUUUAAUGCUGCUUUAAGAUUGACAAAUGAUCUUUUUGAGAGAACCUAUGACUUAACAUAAAUGUUUUUAUUAGUUUUUUAUGCAAUAUGGCUCUUGAUGGUUUUAUUUUCAAGGAAAAUAUCUAUUCUUUAAAAAUUGUAUUUGAUAAUCUUAAUAAUAAUUACUCCUGCUCUUACAUAUUCAUGCGGAUAUCAUAGUCAUUUUAAGAACUUUAAAUUUAAUUAAUAUUUUAUAAAUGAAGAAUAUGUAAAAUAUUUUGCAAGUGUGAAUGUAAGAUUCUACUAUCCUAUGACAAUUUUAGGUUUGAUUUACACUAUACUUAUUUAUAAAUCUUGUAAAGCAAUACAUGGUUCUUGUCACUAUGCAAAGAAAGUUGUAUUUGCUUUAUUGUGCUACUCUUAAUUAUACUGCCUUUUCAACUUUUACUAUAUCUAAUCACUAAAUAUUGAAAAAUAAAAUGGAAAAGAAGUGUAUGAUCUAGAUAUAAACUACCUUUUUGUAGCUCAAAUUUUAUUUUUUAUAACCGAAAUUUAUAAGCUUGUUUUCAUAAAUAGAACUCCACUAAAUCCUCCAAAUUUUAGUUGGAAAUAUGCAACAUUCUUAAUGAACUUUUACCUGCAAGCUCUGUACGUUCUUCAUUAUGAUAGUCUUAUUAAAUAUAGUACUCUACUAUUAAUAGUCUAUUUAGUUGGCCAUUUGUAUCACCGUUUAUAAAUAAUGGAAUCUGGAAGUAAGUAUGUCUUUUUAUAUCUGUUAACAAGCUGGUUCUUUUAUGUUAGCGAACAUAUGGAGAGAUUACCAGAUAUUCAUACUGAUGUAUUAAAUGCUGGUGCUAUGUUUGGAGGUAUAUUUUAUCCCUUAUUAAACGGUACCUUCAACACAUUCUUUGGUUAAUUCUCUAUCUCUCUGAUUGUUCCUUUAUUUGUAUUGAAUGAAAAAUAUUAAAUAAAUAGCAAUAAAGAUGAUUAACCUGAUGAUUAAAAGUCUGUUUCCUUUUUAGAUGUUAUAUUUAGUAAUUACUCAUAAAUAGUCUUUUUUUCAAAUGAAAAAAACAGCGGAGACUACUAUAAAAACAUGAAUAUUAGAGCUUAUCUUUAUUUUAUAAUUCCAAUAUUUUUUAGUUUUGGAACUGCUAUUUUAAGAAAUGCUAUUAAACCAUUCGAUUACUUCAUUAAUCAUUACUAUAUUCCAUCAUUUUUCUACUAAGUGAUGUUCCUUGUAGUGAUACUGAUUUCUUUUUUAAUAUCAUACUUGCUAAUAAAAAUAUAAAAAAAUAAAUCUCUAGAUUAAUAACAUUAUUAUGAUUAUCUUAUAUCUGAAAAAGCAGAAAAAGAAGUUGAACUAGAAAGAAGAUAAGAAAAUGAUAUUUGA